UGUUAUUUAUCCAUUCGUCUGCCUUUUUCUUCUGCUGCUACUCCUCUCUUUGCUCUUCUUUGGAUCUUAAGACGAUGAUAACCCUCUCGGCAUCGGCCCACGCCUUCAUCCUCCCCCGCAAUCCCAAGCUCCCUCUCUUCCCUUCGCCCUCCCUUCUCGUUCAAUCACUCCCCUCUUCCACACUUUCCCUCUUCUUCCCUCGAUGCCGCCGGCGCAGCCAGCGGUUCGGUCACCGGAACGGAGGUUCUCGCAGUGCCCACGUUACCGCCUCCCUUGGUGGGCUAGAGGGCGCCCAGCCCGUGGUCGAGGCCGCAUCCGUCCUCGCCGCGAUCAUCCUCGUCCACGAGGCCGGCCACUUCCUUGCCGCUACCCUCCAGGGCAUCCGCGUCAGCAAGUUCGCCGUCGGGUUUGGACCUGUGCUUGCCCGAUUCGUCGCCGGCGGUGUCGAGUACUCUCUCCGAGCCUUCCCCCUCGGCGGUUUCGUAGGGUUCCCCGACGACGAUCCCGACAGCGACAUACCUUCCGACGACGCCGACCUCCUCAAAAACCGCCCAGUUCUCGACCGUCUCAUUGUAGUCUCCGCCGGCGUCGUCGCCAACGUCGUCUUCGCGUACCUGAUCGUCUUCGCCCAGGUGCUCACCGUUGGGCUACCCGUGCAGGAGGCGCUGCCGGGGCUUCUUGUGCCCGAGGUCCGCACCGGAUCCGCUGCGGCUCGUGACGGACUACUUGCCGGCGACAUCAUACUUGAGGUCAACGGGGAGACUGCGCCCUCCCUCACGGAGCUCGUCGAGUACAUCAAGAUGAGCGCAGGCAAGAAAGUAGCAAUUAAGGUGGUGAGGCAAGGAGCUAAAGCUGUGGAACUCUCUGUAACUCCCGACGAGAGCGCGGAUGGGGCUGGGAGAAUCGGAGUACAACUGUCCCCAAAUUUUAAGCUUUCCAAGGUCCGGGCAAAGAAUUUAGCAGAGGCCACAAUGUUCGCUAGUAGAGAGUUCGUGGGAUUAGCCUCCACAGUGUUGGACGGCUUGAAGCAGACCUUCUUGAACUUCUCCCAGACCGCGAGCAAAGUCUCCGGCCCUGUUGCAAUAAUUGCAGUCGGCGCCGAGGUCGCGAGAUCGAGUUCCGACGGGCUGUUUCAGUUUGCUGCGGUGAUCAACCUUAAUCUUGCCGUGAUCAACCUUCUGCCAUUGCCCGCGCUCGAUGGCGGUUCCCUCGCGCUUAUUCUCUUGGAAGCCGCCAGAGGUGGGAGGAAGAUCCCAAGGGAGGUGGAACAGCGGAUUAUGUCGUCAGGGAUCUUGUUCGUCGUCAUGCUGGGACUCUUUCUCAUUGUUCGCGACACCUUAAACCUUGAUUUUAUUAAAGAGAUGUUGUGAUGUGAAUUUUCGUGGGUGUCCUCCAUGGUCCGUCCGUAUAGGAAGAAGCUUUAGUGAAUGAGAAGGUGGUGCUGAUAUUGUUCUGCUCAGGUAAACAAAAGGCUUCUUAGAAUGCUUCUCAUGCUUUACAAGGAAUUGACAGUCGCGUCUCGCUCAUUAUAUUGUAAAUUAGAUCAAAUUGUUUACAAAAAAUGAUAAUUUAUUCCAUGUUGACAAGAUCCCAUGCUUACUCUUUGCUACAUUCAGUCCAAAAAUUGUUAUCCUUC